ACGCAAGAUUACUUCCGCGUGUGCGCGCGCGUGAGAGAGAGAGAUGGAGGGAGUGGAGCACCGGACGGUGAGAGGGAUUGGCGGCGACAUCCACGUGGCGGUGAAAGGAACCGAAAGCGGAGGUGUAGUCCUCCUCCUCCACGGCUUACCGGAUCUGUGGUACUCAUGGCGGCACCAGAUCUCCGGUCUCGCCGCCCUCGGCUUCCGGGCCGUGGCUCCUGACCUCCGCGGCUAUGGCGACUCUUUCGCACCGCCGGAGAUCUCCUCCUACACCGCCUUCCACAUCGUCGGAGACCUCGUAGCCGUCAUCUCCGCUGUAACCGCCUCCGACGACGAGAAGAUCUUCGUCGUCGGUCACGCUUGGGGCGCUCUAAUGGCUUGGUAUCUCUGUCUCGUUAGGCCCGACAAAAUCAAAGGUCUGAUCAAUCUCGGCGUGCCGUUCAAUUUCCUGCCGAAGGAUCCUUCGCCAGCGGUCAAGCCACUCGACGGUUUGCGCGCGUUCUACGGCGACGAUUUGUACGUCUGCAGAUUUCAGGAACCUGGAGAUAUAGAAAAAGAGUUUGCGGAAGUUGGAACUGAAAGGGUAAUGAGGCGGUUUCUCACUUAUCGUACGCCAUGGCCGUUCAUGAUCCCUAAGGACAAAAGCUUUUGGGGUCCUCUCGACAGUCCGAUCCCUUUACCCUCUUGGCUAUCGGAGGAAGAUGUUCAAUACUAUGUAAGCAAGUUCGAGAAGACAGGUUUCUCAGGAGCAGUGAACUCCUACCGCAAUUUUUCACGGAACGAUGAGCUGCUAGGGCCAUGGUUAGGGCUCAAAAUCACGGUACCGACAAAAUUCAUAAUCGGCGAUCUUGAUCAUGUUUACCACAUGCCAGGCAUGAAGGAAUACAUCAACGGUCCUAAAUUCAAAGAGGACGUACCAUUGCUGGAGCCUCCGGUGGUUAUGGAGGGAGUGGCUCAUUGGAUUAACCAAGAAAAACCGGACGAGAUCCUUCAACACAUCUGCGACUUCAUCAACAAGUUCUGAAAACCGAUUCGGUUUUAUUAAACCACCGGUUAAACCGUCUGGUAUAUGUGCCGGUUUGUAGCUUGUGGCUGAUUUCGCCGUGUAAGAGAGACAUAAGAGUUUGAUGAAGCCGUCGCCCUGUAAGCCUCACGAAAUUGUCCUCGGCUUCUAUGGAAUUUCUUCCAUUUAAUCCUUCUCCAUACGUUAAUUA